GUUGUUAUCUGAUUCAUGUAAUUUUUCAGUGUUGAUUUAAAAGCCAAAAAAAACCAUCUAUACUGACUUUUUGAUAUUUUUCUGUGAUUUGAAUUUAAAAAGAGAUAAAACUUUCGAUAAGUUAUGUAAACUCAGAACAAGUAUUUUGCUUUAGAAAGCAUUUACAUGUUUCAAACUUAUAAUAUAUACAUAUAUAAUUUUUAAAAUUAUGAAUAUAAAACAUGUAUAAAAUGUGCCUAAAUAUGUUUCUCAUCUUUAAUGUGUUAAUCGUACUAUAUAUAACAUUAUUUUAAAAUUUCAAAAAGUUUAUCACAUACAAAAAACCAUCAAUAAAAAAUAUAAUUCUCCAUCUACAACAACAAAAAUGAAAAAUUAUAAACAUAUAAAUUUAAAUUAAGAAAAACUAACAUUAGAAAAACAAGAAGUUAAUGUAAAAGAAAAAAAUCGACAACUAAUAUUAUAAAUAAAAUAAAUUUAUAAGACACAAUCCGCGCGAAGCGCGGAAAAAAUCUCUAGUAGCAUUAAAAUUAAGAUGAGAAAUGUAAGAGAUACUGUACGGCAAAAGAAAACAAAACUAAAAGUGUAGAUAGAAACAGAAAAGAAAGACUACAAAAAUACUAAUGUCAACUAUUUACAAAAUCAAGGUUGAUAUUUAAUUGUAGUUAAUCAAAAUAUACGUUUUCUUUCAAUUUGUUUUAAUAUAUGUACUAGAUCUUGAUCCGCACAACCGUGCGGAUAGUUAUUUUCAUUUAUCUAUUUAAAAAUAUUUGAUUUACAUGAUUAAUGGUAUAUAAUUUUAACAUUUACUAUAUUACUGAUCGUUUGAUAGUUUAAUUUAAUAUUUUCAAAUACAACAAUUUUGUAGUUUGAAUGCAGUAAUUUAAUUUAUUGUUUCAAAUAUUUAGUGAUAUUUUUUAUAAUAAAACAUGAACACUUACUAAAAACCUUAUAUUAUGAGAUAUUUAUGAUAAAUUCUAUUCAAUUUAACUUAGAUAUUAAUUUCUUUAAGUUAAACUUUGAUAGUUAUGUAUUUAUUUGUUUCUUUGUUCUUCAUACUAUAAAUAAAGAAUGAGUUAAAGGUAACGCAACUUUCAUACAGAAAUAAAAUAAAAUAAAGGUGACACAAAUAAAACAACCCACCAUCUGCUAUAAAAGUCAUUAGCAACCAAACAUGUAUUUGUAAACACUUGCUUCUGUUUUUUAGGUUUUAGAAUGUUUAUUUAUGUUGUGCAACCUCAUGGUUGCUGCUGGACCUGUGAUUGAAGACAAAUACACGUUGUUCUGAUAGAUAAAAAGCAAGUCAUUACAGAGGACUGUCUCUUGGUUUAAGGCAAGACUUAAAACAAAAGAUGUAAUAUUUUCUCUAAGAAAAUAGAAUCUAUCUAUCUAUCUAUCUAUCUAUAAUAAUAAAGGAGACUUUUCUCCCUCAUUAUGCUGCCACAUCAUUUGGGAGACUGGGGCAAAACAGGACACGUCAGCGUUCUCAUUUCCCGUAAGAAAGUUAACUCAAUUUCAGUGUGGGCCGUUUACGUUAGUAUUGAAAUGAUGAGGCCCAAUUCACAAACACAACAAGCCUAACGUAAUCUCACUCCUUCUUCAACCAUGGCUGUCUGCUCGAAUACCUUCACCGGAUUUGCCAUAGCUGAAACGUAACUCUUUUCUAAGCCAUUGAAAUUAAUCUUAUUAUUAAAAUUCACCAUUAACUCUUUCAUUCAAGCUCUCAUGAUUUAAUUACCCCUUACCUAACUUCAAUCACUAAUCCCUAAUUUGCUCAACGUAAAUAUGGAUGAAGAAAACUCAGAAUCUCACUGCUACGCCUAAUACAACCGUUCUGCUUCCUUAUGCAAACAACCAGCAACAAUGGUUUCAGCCCAUAUAUUUGAUUUGAAGUCCGUUUGUGUCUCUCAAACGGUGGUGACGCGUCUUCAGCGUUUAUGGGAAGCACAGAAAGGAGGGGAGCUGAUGGAACUUCACCUGCUUCUGCUUGAUGAUAAGGCCCCUGCAACAAUAGACUCCGACAUUGAAGAGACUCUCAAGAGUCUCUUGCUGCCAAAAAGACUUCUGAGUAGGUGUUUGAUGCUCUCAAGAAUCAGCAUGUUGACUUGGAUAUGUGAUUGUUUUACACAGUUAUAUGCGAAGAACAUUACUCCUACUGAUAACACGGACUCGAUGAAGCUCCGAACAAGAAUUCAAGCUGCUUUUGUCAUGGAUGAAAAUCUGAAGAAUUCCACCUACACCACAAGAAAAUGAGAGUGGGUAUGAGCUACUUCCAUGAAAAAAAACUGAAAAGGAGUUCGGAAAUUCUUGAGACGUUUUGGCACGGCUCCGAAUAACAUUUGGAUCGAGCAUGGUCAUUACAAUGCACCUCUCAUUCAGUUCUCUUCUUCUAUAGGUGGAGACCGUGACGACACACUCUUAUUUAUUUAUUUUCAUGAAUCAUGAAAAUAUAUGAUUGGUUUUAAUUGUUGAGCAUUUCUGAAUCCAGGAAACCCACAAGAAACUCCUGAAGUUACAAGAGAUGCAUGCUUACGACCCUGGUUCGAGGUGGUUGAUCAGUUGACUCAUUCACCAUUCCUUUUGCAAUUUGAAAGGUGGACAGUCUCAUUACGGUUCAAUAUAUGAAAUGACUAAUUGAUAGUCUUUUUUUAACUACUACCGAAUCACAGCUUCAUGAUUCUCUCUUAGUUUUAGAGUUACCGUAAGUUGUAGUUUGCCAAUAAAUAAUGGUUAUAGAGUUUAUAGAAAAUAACAAUGCUAUUACAACAAUUUCUCAGUGUCCUGUUUAUGACAAUAUCUUGCUUUAUGUUUCAGUAGAAGGGCAGUUCCAGGACCAAAAUAAGUAUGAAAGAUUGUAAAAAACUAUUCAAGUCUGUUUCAGCAGGUUAGUAACAAUGGAUUUGUGUUAUUGUGUAAUGGAAUUAUUACUAAUUAACAAACCUUGAAAACAGUACUUCUAUACAUUUAAGAUUUUAAAAGGUUGAUGUGUUCAUGUACAAUCAAACAGAGUUCACUAUGUAUAGUAAAAAACUAAAAACAAUAAGUAAUGAUGACAAAAAAUGCAAAGGAAAAGAUGCUCUCAUCACGAGACGUAACAAUCUGGAAAUGAUUCUAGAUGUAGAAACUCAAAUAAGAACCUUAAAACAACAGAGGCCGAACACAAUGUCAAAGAUACACGAACAGUGAUUUAGUAAUUGCCAAAUAUUUCCACUCCUUAUUAGCAUGAUUACUUUUUUUUUCUUCCUGAAGACAUAGCGUUUUAAGUAGCAAAUGGUCAUCUAACUAAUUCCUUGACAGAGUUCUCUAAAUGCAAGAUACAUUUUACCUACACAAAUCACAAGAAGUAAUUGAGCAUAUGGACACUGAACAAUUACAUGAUCCCAAGAACGCAAAGCAAACAUAACAAGGUAUAAGAUUCUAGCAAGCAGUUGUUUAGUAACUUGCCAAAUUAAUCCAGUGGUAUUGUAAAAUACAUAAUAUAACUUAAACUUGGUAAAGAAUAUAGUAAAAAAUUAACAUAUUCGUGAAAACACAUUAUACAAUUCAUAAAUCCAAUAAUAUAUAGAGAACUUUCAAAAGAACAAAAAAUGUUGGUUGAUCUAUUUCAAUAUUAUUAGUCCCAAACUCAAGUUUUGAGAAACUAACAAAAAAUAUAAAACAACAACCAAUGAUUAAUACAUAAUCAAAACAAUUUUUUAAAAAUAGUUAUAAAAAACAAAAAUCUUAUUGAUUUUUCUCUCUUUCUGGUAGAAGCUCAAGGUAAGGGAAAUUAGCAAGAAAUUAUUAGAAAACCAUGACAAAGAAUUGAUACACAAAUAAAACUAAUAUUUUUAAAAUAGUUAAUUAAAAACAAGCAAUAAAAUAACAAAAUAAGAUUCAAUCAGUUAACAAAUAAACCAAGUAGGAUUCGGACCUACGACCAAUCAGUUAACAGCCGACCGUUCUAUUAGCUACUUAGAAAUAACGGGAUAUUAGAUCUCAUAGAGUUCAAUCUUAAACUCAGGUUAUAUAUUUUGUUGUGUUUUAUUAUAUUAUAUUUUUGUCCUAUCUAGGUAAUUAAUUUUUUUAUAGUAAAUCGUUGUUUUAUUUUUUCGUAUUAUGUAAAUCAAUAUGUUUAAAAGAUAUAAAUCUACAACCAAUAUGUAAAGAUAUAGUAAAUAUGUUUAUAGUAAAUCUAGCAUACAAAGCACUUUCUAUGGUACACCCAAUAAAUCUACAAGCUACACAUAAUACAAAUAUUAAAACCAUACAACCAACCGUGAAGAUAUAUAAACACAAUACAUGUUCUACGUUCACUGAUACAAACACAUAAAGAAACCAUACAUUAUAUAACAAACAACAUCCCGUGCGUGUAGUGUUUAAAUGGAUAACUUAUCAGAGAAUAAAGCAUACGAACUACUAUCAAAUAGAUAACAAAAAAAAAACAAUUUUGAAUUCAUUAGAAAAUAGAAUUUACGAACCCGGCGCUACGCGCCGGAAUACCACUAGUUAAU